AGCUGCGGAGCUGAGAAUGCGCGUGGGAGCCCAGCCGCCCAGGGCGCCCAGCUCAGCGCUCCUGCUCCUGGGGCUUGUGCUGGGCGCUGCAGCCCGGCUCACUUGUGUUGGGGACACAUACCCCAGCGGCAGGAGGUGCUGUAAAGAGUGCCAGCCAGGUUAUGGGAUGGAGAGGCGCUGCACCGACACUCAGGAAACCGAGUGCAGCCGGUGCAAGCCCGGCUUCUACAACGAGGCAGUGAACUACGAGCCCUGCAAGCCCUGCACCCAGUGCAACCAGCGAAGUGGAAGUGAGGUCAAGCAGCGAUGCACAAACACGACAGACACCGUGUGCGGCUGCCGGCCGGGCACGCAGCCCCAGGAUGGCUUCGGCUACAAGCGUGGAGUUGACUGUGUGCGGUGCCCACCUGGACACUUCUCCCCGGGCGACGACCAGGCCUGUCAGCCCUGGACCAACUGCACCUUGGUGGGGAAGCGAACACUGCAGGCGGCCAGCAACAGCUCGGACGCCAUCUGUGAGGACAGGAGCCCCCCAGCCACACUGCCCCAAGAGACCCAGGGCCCCCCAGCCCGGUCCCCCACUGCCCGGCCCACCACUGCCUGGCCAAGGACCUCACAGGAACCCUCGACGCCCCACACAGAGUCCCCCAAGGGCCCUGAACUGGCUGCUGUCCUGGGCCUGGGCCUGGGCCUGGUCCUGCUGGCGCCCGUGGCUGCUGUGCUGGUCCUGCUCCUGCACCACAGGGCCUGGAGACUGCUGCCCAACGCCCCCAAGCCCCCCGGGGAAAACGGCUUCCGGAUCCCCAUCCAAGAGGAGCACGCGGACGCCAACUCCAGCCUGGCCAAGACCUGAGCGAUGUCCGCGGGGGCUGGGAGCCCGCGGCCCCUCCCCAGCUGGGGCCUGUGGGGGGGGGGCUCCAGUGCGCCCCCACCUCCUGUCACCCUGUCACCUCUGGGCCCCGAUGCCUGUCGUCCCGCCCUGUGCCGUUUUAGGUGCUCCUGGGCUGGAGCCCCGGGCCCUGCUACGUAUGCUGUGCAUACUCCCCGCCCAGGUGGGGCCCCAAUAAAUGCCGUUGGCGGAUGCA